AUGGGUGAGAUCGAGAAUGAUCGAAGCAAUUUGAAAGACGAGAAGAUGGUACAAAUCACUCUCAAAGCCAUUGGCCCUUCUCCUCCUUCUCGCCUCACAGUCCCCUCCCGCCUCAAAGUGUAUGAUUUGAGAAAAUUGAUUGCUGGGAAUGAUCGUUUGCCUCUUGAGAAUUUGAGGCUUAUUUUACGAGGGAAUGUGUUGCUUGAUAACAAAAAUGGAGAUGAUGUAUUCAUCCAACUCAAUGAUGGAGGUCUGCAUCUUAUUUUCGAUUCACUAUCUUCUUAG